CGCGGCAGGGCCGCGGCGGGUCAUGGCCCGGCUGUAGGCAGGCAGCGCUCCGCUCCCGGCGGCAGCCCCGCCGCGCCCCCCGCGUCCUAUGAGAGCCGCCCCGGCGCCAAGAUGAAAGACGACUUUGCAGAGGAGGAGGAGGUGCAGUCCUUCGGCUACAAGAGGUUUGGUAUUCAGGAGGGGAGCCAAUGUACCAAGUGCAAAAAUAACUGGGCACUGAAGUUCUCCAUCAUCUUAUUAUACAUUUUAUGUGCCCUGUUAACAAUCACAGUAGCCAUUCUGGGAUACAAAGUUGUAGAAAAAAUGGACAAUGUGACAGGUGGCCUGGAAACAUCCCACAGAAGAUACACAGAAAAGCUCACAGAAGUGGAGAGCGAUCUGAAGAAAUUAGAUGACCAAGCUGGACAAAAAGCCUUGAAUACUAACACUGAACUGUCCAGCUUCAGAUCUGAUAUUCUGGCUCUUCGUCAGCAGCUUCAUGACAUUUCAGAGAAAACUAGCAGAAACAAAGACACACUGGAGAAGCUGCAAGAGUCUGGGAAAUUAUUAGAAGAUAGACAGAAUCAAAUGAAAAGUGCCUUAGAUAGUAACUCUUUCACGAUCAUCAGUGUCAAUAAGACUCUUCAGGCAUAUACUGGCUAUAUCAACAAUCUCCAACAAGACACAAGUAAUAUACAAGCAAACCUGCAAAGCCAAGAGCAUUCUUAUAACGUGGCCAUGAUGAGCCUUAACAAUUUAAACCUGACUCAAAUACAGCAAAGAAAUCUUAUCAGUGUCUUACAGAAGUCAGUGGAAGAUACAAGCUCGGCUAUUCUAAGAAUCAAGAAUGACUUUCAAAAUCUGCAGCAGGUUGUCCUUCAGGCCCGGAAGGACACUGACUGGCUUAAGGAGAAAGUACACAAUUUACAGGCUGUGACUGCCAACAACUCAGCAAUGACAAAAGCCAACAAUGAUACCCUUGAAGACAUGAACAGUCAGCUCAGCUCCUUCAGUGGGCAGAUGGAGAACAUCACCACAAUUGCCCAAGCCAAUGAACAAAGUCUAAAGGAUCUCCAGGAACAGCAUAAAGGAGAUGAAAACAGAACUGCUGCCAAAUUCAGCCAUCUAGAAGAAAGGUUCCAGGUCUUUGAAACCGAUAUAGUGAAUAUCAUCAGCAACAUCAGCUACACUGCUCAUCACCUACGGACACUGACGAGCAAUCUCAAUGAAGUCAGGACAACUUGCACGGACACCUUAAGUAAACACUCAGAUGAGCUGAUUUUUAUGAACAGCACGCUAGCCAAUAUUCGCAUAGACUCUGCAUCUCUCAAAGUGCAACAGGAUUUGAUGAGGUCAAGGUUAGAUGUUGAAGUUGCCAAUUUGUCAGUAAUCAUGGAAGAAAUGAAGCUGGUGGAUUCCAAGCAUGGCCAGCUCAUCAAGAACUUCACUAUCCUACAAGGCCCUCCUGGUCCAAGGGGACCUAAAGGUGACAGAGGCCCUCAAGGUCCUCUUGGCCCCGCUGGCCUAAAAGGACAAAAAGGAGAGAAAGGAGAGCCUGGACCACCAGGACCUGCAGGUGAGAAGGGCCCACCUGGGCCAGCCGGGCCACCAGGAGAAAAAGGAGGGAAAGGUUCAAGAGGAUCGCCUGGCUCCAAAGGUCAGAGAGGUUCUCCUGGCAAGACCGGUCUGCCUGGACCAAACGGCGACCCAGGGCCACCAGGGCCACCUGGCAAGGAUGGUCCGCCAGGGCCCCAGGGCCCACCAGGAUUUCAAGGUCUGCAAGGAACUGUGGGAAGCCCAGGGCUACCAGGACCGCGAGGAAUAACUGGACUCCCUGGAGUCCCUGGGCUGCCUGGCCCAAAGGGCCCACCUGGCCCACCAGGGCCACCAGGUCCAGGGAUGCCCAUGGCACUACAGAGUCAACCUACGCCCGUGCCCGAGGCUAAUGGUUGUUUACCCCGCUGGAAGAACUAUACGGAAAAGUGCUACUACUUUUCCACUGAAAGAGAAAUUUUUGAAGACGCGAAGUUAUUCUGUGAAGAGAAAGCAUCACGCUUGGUUAUCAUCAACAACAAAGAGGAGCAGCAAUGGCUAAAAAGGCAGAUUAUUGGGAAAGGCAGCUUCUGGAUUGGACUAACAGAUUCAGAGAAGGAAAAUGAAUGGAGAUGGUUGGAUGGAUCCUUACCAGUUUACACAAACUGGAAACCUGGGCAGCCUGAUAACUGGGAUCACGAGCACGGGCCAGGGGAAGAUUGCGCUGGGUUGAUCUAUGCUGGGCUCUGGAAUGACUUCUACUGUGAAGAUAUUAACAAUUUCAUUUGUGAAAAAGACAUGGACAAAGAGCAAGUUCUUGGAGUGUAAUAGGCUGUAACUUUACAGAUACCUUCAUAUUAAGGAAAUUUAUGUAAAGAAGAAGAAAAUCCUGGGAAAGCACAACACUGACUUCCAAAAUUGAAAAAAAUAUAUGAAAACAGAAAAAACAAGCACUGAAAACUGAUUUAAAAGCAUCAAGGAAUUCAGCAAUAACUCUUCUCCAGUAUCCUGUAAUUAUUUAAGGCCUUUCGACCCUCAGCAUCAGGAAAUACUGUUGGACUAACUCUGUUUCAGAUUUUCUUCCCAACCAAUAACCACAUCCAUAAGCAGCUUGUGUCUUCUGAGAAAAGACAUUCUUUCAAUCUGAGUAAGACUGUUGGUCACUCAUAUAGAAAAACAUAUAAAGCAACUGUGUAAACAGUUGCUUAAUUUGCUAAAAUCCCAAAUGUAGGAAAAUUAUACAGAUACACGAAUAUAUAGAUUUUAUAUAAAUAUAUAUAUAUAGUCCAACUCUUAUCAGUAAUAUGGAAUAUACUUUUAAGAGCUUUUAAAACUUUGUAUUUUUGUACAAAAUAUUUGCUUUUUACAAUUGUUCUCUUUUUUACUGACUUUUUUUACAAAUAUAGUGCACAGGGGCCAAAGAAAACAAUAAAGGUACUAAUAAUUCAUUAAGGUUUGCUGUCAGGCCUAGCUCAGCUAUAGAGAAAUAUUUUUCCAGUUAGAAAUAUUUUUACUUUCCCAGAUGAUUUGUUCUGGUUAAAUAACUUUUAAAGCAGAUUUUAGAUAGUGUUUUCCUUACUGUAUGCAGUCUAGUCUGCAUGUGUAACAAUUAAGUUGACUAAGCACUAGAUACUCAUUAUAGCUCUGAUCACAGCCAGUGUUUCAUCGGGGUACUAUGGAAAGACCAUUUUAAUAAAAGCUCUCCCUCCCUCCCUCCAUUUCUUCCACUCAGGAGAAAAUUCCAUGGAAGGAGAAAAUCUCCAACUUUUAAUAAUAAUUUUGAAAUGUUUUCAUUCCCUCUCCCUUCUUGUAAGGAAUUCUACUCCAGUAGUUGCCACACAUACUGCAGGUCAAGCCCAGAUGCGAAACUUUAUGAAAACAGAAACAAAGAAGCUGCACACACUGAAAUAUGUUUGUUUUUAAGACAGAUUUCAAGAUUUGGUGAGAAAAACAUGCCAUACUCAGAAAAGUCUAAUAAACUUGCACUUCUCCAAAGUGCUUUGUAAAUCGAUCUCUCUGUUUUCUUGAACUGGUACUUGUCUCCCAAACAAAAUAGAAAAUAAAAUAUGCUGCAAAGCAGAAAGGGAUUAUACCAUUACUCAGCCAGUUCCCUCCAUAGUCCCAUGAGCUGUUGUCUAGGCAGCAAUAUUGCUGAUCAGGAAUUCAAAAAAUUGGUAGGUUAAUUCAUUAGCAGAAACCUUGGUAUUUGUUUCCAGUUUUUAUACCCUUCUCAUGGCCACAUGCUCUACAAUGAAGGAAGUUGUUUUGGCUUCUUGGGAAGGAGAGCUGUUUUUCCAUUGCUUCCUGACCUGCCAUUUACCUUGGCUGAAUGCAGAUAAGUUUGUUGAAAUACUCCAGCUCUGUUGGAAAGAGACAAGAUUUUGUACUUCAGAUUUUCAAGUAUUGCUCCUAAGAUCAAUCAGUUAAAGACUGCUGUUUCCCUACAUCUCCCUCCAGUAUUUUAAAUUUCAAUUAUAUUUUUUUCUCAAAAUACACAAAAUGUUACACUUGGGAAUUUGUCCUGUGUCUCAUUAGAUAUGAGACAGGAACGACAUGAAAAUUGCAUCUGCUUAAUUAAAAGUGAAAAGUUUAUGUAUUACAGCUGCAGAAACCCUGUGUCACCAUCAUGGAGGCAGGGCUUGUCUUCAGACAGUCUGGAUUUCGUGAGCCUUUUCUUUUGGCUUUUUCAUAAAGUUUUGAAUACAACUUGAUUCUGCCAUGCACUGUCAUGCUGUACUGAGGAGUUGUGUGUAGCCGCAUGAUGUAAUGUUUACAUCUAUAUUUACACAUUGUCUGUGGAGAUAAUGUUAAACUGCUAUUUUUUGAUAAUGAAUAUUUUGUGUGCCCAGAGAGCCUCACAAACCCUGGUGAGUGGAACUUUGAACAGUCACACUGAAGUGGAAGCACUGCUACCUUUGUUUUGAAUGUUGGCUUAUUAGGUGAAGUAAGCCUAUUUUGAGCAUCUACCACAUAAAAUUACAUUCUUCAUGCUUUUUAUUGAUGUCACACAACUUCUGUCACCAAAAGAAGUGAAUGAGAAAUGUCUGUUUAAGCCCAAGCUGUAUUGCUUCCUUGCCCAGAUUUCAUCCUUCUCUUCAUUCAGCAACAGCAGUGAUGGUACAUACACGAGAUCAGAUUAUCCAAGAGUUAUCUAGUGUCCUCCAGCCAGAGGAUUGACAAGCUGAGGACGCUGAGAAAUGAGAUGUGACUGGGUUCACGCACUUGAACCAAACACUGCAGCUGUUAGACAAAACUGGAUGAAGAGGGAUGCUGCAGUUGCAUGCCUCACGUGUCCAGUCAUCCUUAAAAUAUGGCCUGAGCAGCCAGGCAUGCUGAUGCAGACCAUCCCUUUGACCUAGUAUUCCUGCAGGAAGGAAACAGAGGUGUCCAAUGGCAACAAGAACUGAAAUCACUGAGAGAACCAAGAGUGUUAAGACAGCUCAGGAAAAUGUCACAGAAAGGACAGAUGAUUGGCAGGAGUGCAAGCAGGACACCAGAAUGGGCCAAGAAAUUGUCAUGAAAGUCACACCUGCCACUCCUUAAUAGGAAAAAAUCCCCAUCAAAUCUUUCUGUGUGGUUUGAGUAAUAAUGCAGGUUGUAUGGAAAGUUUUAAGUGAUAUCAAAUUAUUUUGUCCAAGCUUGAGUUUUGCUUUCCUUCUUAUACAUGAGUUUUGUAACUUGUCAUAUUGAGCACACAUUCCCAUCAUCCUUCUUGUUUACAUAAAAUUAAAUGCAAGUUGAUAUACCCUGGCGAGCACUGGGACUGUUGGAAGAAAAAGAGGGAAAGGCAGAGAAGGUACAAAGUCAUUGUUAUUUACAUUAAGUUCUGGAUUUCUUAAUGUCAUUUCUGACUUGUUUCAUUAAUUUAUUUGGAAAUGCCUUCAGCUGAUUGGAGCUUAUAAAUCUCAACACUCAUUUCCUUUGUUGUUUAUAAUUAAUACUUGCAAAUGUUCCAAUAAAGAAAUCACUAAGUGGAGACACAGAAAUGAA